CGAUGCCAGCCCCUGUGGCUAGUCGUGAUAGUGUUAGAAUUGGAGGCUUUUGUGGUUUCUGGGGAGACAGUCUUAUUGCUGCCCCUCAGCUCGUGCAGAGAGGCCGUAUCGAAUACCUCAUCGGAGACUAUUUGGCUGAACUCACGAUGUCAUUACUAUAUGGUGCUAAGCAGCGUUCUGGUGGUAAACUAGGAUAUGCUACGGACUUCAUAGAAGUGGUUAAGAUGGUCGGUGGGGAGGCGAAAAAUAGAGGGGUUAAGUUCAUCACGAAUGCGGGUGGACUCAAUCCUAAGGCGUGUAAGGCGGCUAUUGAGAAGGUGUAUGAAGAGCGAGGAUGGGGAGAAAUUAAAGUUGGUGUUGUGUACGGUGAUGAUGUAUUAAAGGAAAUUGGGGAUUUGGUGGACCACGUGCCUCACCAGAAGAGCCUGACAACAGCAAACAUAUAUCUGGGAGCAGCCCCCAUCGUGGAGUGCCUUGCUGGUGGAGCUGAUAUGGUCAUCACUGGUCGUGUAGUUGACUCAGCACUUGUUCUCGCUCCGCUCAUUUACGAAUUCGGUUGGUCUAUGGAGGAUCUCGACUUGAUGGCUUCGGGCACGCUAGCUGGGCAUGUGCUAGAGUGUGGAGCGCAGGCUACGGGAGGACUGAUGACGGACUGCUUAGAGGCUGAAGUGGCUGAGGGAUGGUCGAAUAUUGGAUAUCCUAUCGCCGAGGUAUUGGCCAGUGGGGAGUUCCUCGUGUCGAAGCCUCCAGGAACAGGUGGCCGCGUUCUGGUAGCUGGGGUUAAGGAACAAAUACUGUAUGAAAUUGCAGAUCCGGGAAACUACAUUGUUCCUGAUGUCGUUUGUGAUUUUACUCAAGUGAAAGUGGACCAGGUUGGAGACAACGCUGUGAGAGUCGCCAAUGCUAGGGGAAAGUGCCCGACGGAAACUUACAAGGUUUGCGGAACUUAUAUGGACGGCUAUAAGGUGGUCACUAGUCUAGUAGUAAGAGGAAAGGACGCUGAAGUGAAGGCUCGGAAGACUGCGGAGGCGAUCAUAAAGCGAGUCGAGAAGCAUUUCGGGAUCACAUUGGAAGAGUCGAGAAUCGAGACCAUAAGCAGCGACUUUGAGGCGAUGGUAAGGCUAGCGGCCAAGCAUGAGGAUAAGAAGGUGCUGCAGUUGUUGUCGAAUGAAUUGAGCAGUGCGGCCACGUCAAUGGCUCCGGGUACUAUCGGAUUCAGUAGUGGUCGAGCUCGACCUCACGCCAUCAUCCGUAUGGUCCCUAUGCUAGUCGCCAAGAGCAAGAUCCGAGCCAAGAUUCAAAUUGGGCGAGGACCAGAGAGGCAACUAGAGCCAUCGGUGGGCCCUGUUAACAUCCAUUGGCCUCAUCCCACUCAGCGAGUGCUUGCCGUACAAGCUGUAGACCCUCAUGAUUUUUCCCCAUGUGAAACGGUUCCUCUACUGCGCGUGUGUUACGCUCGGUCUGGGGACAAGGGCAACAACGUUAAUAUUGGCCUAUUUGCUCGGAAUGAGAGGUACUUGCCUUAUAUCAAGCAUCAAGUGACAGCUGAUAGUGUCCGACAUUACUUUAAGAACCGUUGGGGUCUGCCUAGUACCUCUUGUGUCCGAUAUGAUGUUCCUGGCCUUGGAGCACUCAAUUAUCUGCUUACUGACAUUCUGGGUGGAGGAGGCAUGGCUUCGCUUCAUGGGGACAAUUUGGGAAAGACCUACGGGCAGAUGCUCCUACAGAUGCCGAUAUUGAUGCCCUCAACAGCAUUGGAUGCGGUCCGACCUAGCAACCUGCCUGAGCUGCAACACUACUCUGCUGACUGCAUGGGGUUCUCAGGCCAGGGCUUUGAUUUUGUUAUUCAUAGAUCAAAACAUGUUGCUGAGAUUAUAUUGAACCGCCCUAAAGAACACAACUCGUUGACCGAUGAGAUGAUGGGGUCUUUGACGAGAUGUGCUGACUUGCUUACGAACAAUCUCGAUGUCCGUCGCAGCUUCAUAGCGCAGCUUGCGGGUCUACCUCGGGCUCCUCCACCAGCUUUGGCUCCCGGGGAUGUCCUUGUUGGUGGUGAAAGACUGAGUAUUGCUACUUUAUGUGGUGGGGAAGCGCGACCGGCUAAGCGAUUGAAAGCUGAUAGUCACUUGAAUUCUCCCUCUCACCAGCAAGGGUCUUCCUUGAUACUCACACAACCAUCACCAUCAACAGCGGCUUCCACACCACAUAAGGACCCCCUGGCUGAGAUGACUAUCUUGCCGACCCCACAACGACCAUGCAGUGCUUACCUUGCAUUUGCUAGGGAGCAACUUCACAAUGCUAGAAGAAUGAACCCCAAUAGGGUGAUAGAUGCGGCUACGUUUGGGGUCUUUGCUGGUCAGCAGUGGAUGAGCAUGUCGGAUGCAGAUCGAGCACCGUAUAUAGAAGCCUUCGACUCACGAAUGGAGGAGUACCGCAUGCUGAGAGCUGUAGCUAUGGUCACUGGCAAUGUACCAUGGGCCGCCGAUACCAAAAAUCUCCGUCGAGAAACCACAGACGCUAAGUCCCUUGAAGAGAUUGUCACGGGCUUUGAUACACCCGCUGAAAGCGCUAGGAAAUUUGAAGCAUAUUGUAGACAACAAACAGAUCUUGGGAGAGCUGGAGUAACCAAGCUCAAUUCGGAGUUGCUUAGUUAUCUGCCGCAGAUCAUGGUCUGCCUUUCUAGAUGGCUGCGAGCUGAAUCUAGUACGGUUGACGCGACAAUUCUCAGAGUGUUCGACCCUAAAGGGCCUCUAGUAGAAUUGAUAACAUCAUAUAGUAGAGGGCUGACUUAUGAACGAACGCCAUAUGGUGGGAAUAUGAGAUAUCUAUUGCCCAUAUCGGUGCUUCCUACUGCUACUCAAAGGGAGCUCCUCAUACAGACCGGUGAACAGUUCGAUGCAGCGCACGGGCAGAGGGCAGCAGCUCUGUACAGUGCUGGGGGCAGCAGCAGCAGGAGAAGUGGCAGGGCAAGAGAUGCACUGUGUAGCUUCCUCUCCCUUCCGGAACGCUAUGUAUCUGAGUCCCGUUCUGUCCAGCUCACUGCUGAGGAGUACUUCCUGGUCAACUUCAUCUACCUUAUGGUGUCUGGGCCGAUAUCAGCGAUAGAUGUGGCAAGCGGACGGGGUAGCAGCAGUCAUCACUCACACAGCAAUCGUAAGGAUUUCUGGUCCUCACAUGAGCUGGGUCUGGGCUCUUCGAAGAGGCGCUGUCCGUCUGAUACUGGAGAGACCUUCUCGGACUCCUAUGAUAAGCUGUUGGAUUCAUAUCUUGCCCGAUAUUUCGAGCAAGAUCCCUCGAUCUCAUCGGAAAAGGUGUCUACGAGUUCGGGAGAGAAAGAGCACAGACAGCAUAUGGGCCUUCUAUUGGUUCAUCUGGUGAUAGCAUUUUGGAUUGCCCCCCAGUCGAGCAGUCCUGUUGGGGUUGCUCAAGUUAAGCUGGAUGUCCCCCUGUUGCGUUCCCUUCGAACUGUGUGUGUACGCGUGCUAGCGCUGGAUAGUCUUAAAGCUUGUAUAACGGCAGUAGAUGCUGCAGAGGCUCGUAGAUCGAACACUCAUGCCGGCGAUGAGGAGGAGUGGUCGUUGCUUCCUGGUGAUCGUGAUGGUCAUCGAUUGGCUUUACCCCCGUGCUUUCCUCCAGAGUGUCAGCUCCUGCUACCUUCCGUUGUAGAGCUACUCCAUCAGAAGCUAUAUCACGACAGAUCUGCUGUGAGUAGCGAGACAGCGGUGUAUCUGUUGAAGGUGUGGGUGAUGCUCUUGCAGCCGUGGGGAGCCGGUGCUUGGAUCGGUACCUCAUCGACUGUCGACGUGGACGUGUGGCCGUAUUAUGUCAUGGCUAUGCAAUGUUUGCUGCGAAAUCCUUAUUCGUUGCAACCGUUACCAUUAUACUACCCAUUGAUGGAGAUAGCGUUCAAACACCCCGCAGUGAGCGGCACUUGUGAGGAUAUGUUGGUCGAAGGCGAAGAUGAUAGAAAAUUCUUCAACUCGACUGAGAUUUACAGCUUCGUUCACAUGUUGGUCGUCCUUUUUGAAUGCAUUGUUAAUGAUCGGCUCAUGUCGGAAGUAGCGAUAAAUUCCCUACCCCAGCAGGGAGGAGGCAACGCUGUCUUUGCUAGCCCUACUACUCUUGCUAAGUCAUUUGUGGACGAAGUUUAUCCGGCCUACCGUGCAUUGCUUAGAAGUGGAUCGUUCGUGCCUGACUUCAAACACGAUAUUAAGCGAAUAUCACUUGCAAUGAAGGUCUCUUCUUUCUGGGGACGGACGAUUCUUGUUACUGGUCGUCAAAGUGCGGCGUCGGCUACGGCAAAAAAAGGCGGAGCGGAGGAGUCGAAGUUGACUCGUCUGAAAGGCAUGGUCGAGCACGCCCUCUUUGCUGAAGACAGCAGGGCCGACCAGCCACUGCCGAGUCUGCCUGCAAUCUCCUCGGUUACACCGCCGAAGCGAAUUUCGUUUGAGGAUUCCCCACCUGCUGGUAGAGUGGAAGCAGCAGAGAUCACCAACCCCUUGCCACAGAGUCGGGUAACUGACGUCAGCUACAAUCGUCCAUUGAAGUACCGAGGCUCUCGGUGGAGUCGACCGGUCGCUAGGAUCGAAUUUGAAUGCCUCUUGGGGCCUUGUCCCUUUGUAGCGCCCGUGUACUAUUCUGGUUAA